AAUGCCUCAGGUAGUAGUGGUGGUGGUGGUAAAGCCAAAAAAGAAUGCUGAUGAUCAAGCAGGGGCAAUCCACGUUAGCGUGAAGAAUCAGGAUGGGAGUAUUGUGGUCUGUUGGAUUCCACACAAUGUCAAGCUAAGCAAACUCAUGCAUGCUUACCGCAAAAAGAAGCAAUUGGAUUUUCAUACUGCACAAUUUGUUCAUGAAGGUCAUCGUGUUCCAGGGAAAUAUAUGGCAAAUAAGCUUAAAUUGGAGGAUGGAGCUGAAAUUUGUUGUAUGUUUCACCAAAUGGGAGGUGGCUUCUAUAUUAUGCCAAAGACUACUUAGGCUUUUACCUUAUUGUAGCAGCUGCACCUCUUUGAUAUAACAGUACCAACUG